CCUUAUUGGAUGGUUCCCUAUUGCAGGAAUAGAGCAUUCACUGGUCGUGAGAGUGUUAUCGCUUCGAUAAAAGAAGCUUGCGAAAGUGGGGCUCAUAACCGAGUCGCGCUCCAUGGGUUGGGGGGCUGUGGGUAUGUAUCUGGUGUCCCGAUGUACUUGUAUGAGGCUUACUAAUGUCACUUAGAAAAACCCAGAUUGCUCUAGAAUACGUUUGCCGGCGUUCCCGGGAAGCUCGUUGUGAUGUUUUCUGGGUGCAAGGAAGUGGGAUAUUGAAAUUUACGGAGGGUUUUAAGGCUAUUGCACGGCAUGUCCGAAUUCCUCUGGCGGGUGCUGAGAAGGACGAAGAGGAAUUGCUCCGGAAUACAAGGACAUGGCUCGAAGGCCCUGACAGUGGUGACUGGAUCCUAGUCAUCGACAAUGCCGACAAUGAGACCGACUUUAUUGGAAACACUAGCCCCAUUGCCAAGCUUGUGCCACAAGGGCGUGAAGGGACUGUGAUAUUCACCACCAGAUCUCGGCAGGUUGCGAUUCGACAGGGCUGUAAAACUAUCGAUGUCGGCAAGAUGGAGCCGGCCGAGGCCUUGGAACUGUUUUCAAAACGAUUCGAUAGCUGGCACAGUUUGGAAGAUGAAGAAAAAAGGGCUGUCUCAACGAUCUUAGGCUCGAUGGGUCACCUACCGCUGGCUGUCGUGGGUGCGGCAGCCUUCAUGGCCGAGAACGGGACAUCACCCUCCAUUUACUGGACUAUUUUCCAGGAUAAUGAUAAACGAACGAGAGAGCUACUUUCGGAGCAAUUUUGCGACAUCCAACGAGAGGCCAACAUGACCGAAAGUAUUCUUGGCACCUACUUUAUCACUUUUGACAGAAUCACCGAACAGAUGCCCCUAAUGGCAAAACUUCUCGCGCUAAUUUCAUCUCUCGAUCGUCAAAACAUACCUGAGGACCUACUGACUCAUUCUGGACUGGAAGGCAUGGAUGAUGCACUUAAAUUUCGUCAGGCGAUUGGGAAACUAUUGAGAUUCUCAUUGGUUACGGAGGUCAAACUUGAAGGCGCAACAUUUUAUGAGCUUCAUCGUAUGGUCCAACUCUCCAUUCAGGCGUAUUUAUCGGUAGAACAGGCAAAUCAGGGAAGGGCUGCCGGACUGCGGGCUGUCUCAAGGCUGUUCCCCGAGUAUGAGUACAAACGGCGGAAUAUUUGCGCCGCUUACAUGUCUCAUGCACUAGUAUUA